AUGUCGGCGGCCAAGCGACUGGUCGUCUGCGGCGGCAGCGGCUUCCUGGGCUCUCGAAUCUGCAAAUACGCCGUUGCCCGAGGCUGGGACGUCACUUCCAUCAGCCGCUCGGGACAGCCGAAAUGGGACGCCAUCACGUCCUCUCCCGACCCCCCGUCCUGGUCCCAUAAAGUCUCUUGGGAAAGCGCCGACGUCCUCCGCCCGGCCACGUACGUGCCCCUGCUCAAGCAGGCCAGCUACGUCGUCCAUAGCAUGGGCAUCCUGCUCGAGGCCGACUACAAGGGACUUGUCUCCGGAAAGGAAUCGCCCGUCACGGGCCUGCGCAAAAUGUUCGCCUCAUCGACGGGCAGGGGUGUCAACCCACUCGACAAGAAGACGGGCGAGGACAUCAAGCCCUCGGACCCCAGGCAGCAGUUUUCCUACGAGGUCAUGAAUCGCGAUAGCGCCGUCGCCCUCGCCAAGCACGCUGCCGAGGAGAGGAUCAACGCCUUUUGCUACAUCUCUGCCUGCGGCGGUGCCCCCAUCAUGCCUCCCCGGUACAUCUCGACCAAGAGGGAGGCCGAGAGCGCCAUCGCCACCAACUUCCCCCAAAUGCGCGCCAUCUUCUUCCGACCGCCCUUUAUGUACGAUGCCUCGCGCAAGGUCACCAUGGGAAUGGCCGCCAUGGUUGGCGCGGGCACCAUAUUUAACAACCUGACGGGCAAGUAUCUCAACGACUUCAUGGGCGCCGCGGGAACGAAGCCUCUCAAGGUGGAGCAGGUGGCAGAGGCAGUGGUUGAGGCACUGAGUGAUGAGACGGUCCAAGGCCCCGUCGAGGUUGCUCAGAUUGAAGAUCUAGCUACUAAGGCAUGGCGGAAAACCAUGUUGUGA